AUGGCCCAGCCAAACCCCUACCUCUUGGCUUGCGACAACCCCGCUGCGCUUUUGGAGCUGCUCCGGGCCAAUCCCUCGAUCGCCUCAUGCCAGGACGAGUCCGGCUACUCCUUGUUGCACGCCUCUUCCUCCUACGGCCAUGUUGACCUCCUGCGCGCGCUAGUGAAAGAGUUUCACGUCGACGUCAACCUCCUCGACGAAGACGGCGAGACAUGUCUAUUCGUGACCGAGUCUCCCGAGAUCGCACGCUGUUUGAUCGAGGAAUUGAAGGUGGACUACAAUAAGAAGAACAGCGAGGGUUACACAGCUGUUGAGAAGAUGGAGGCCGACGAGGAGUUCCCACAAGUCACUGCCUACCUCCGUGAAGUCGUCGGUGGUGCUCCGGCCGAGACAGACUCUGGCAUGUUGAACCCCCGCCGCGCAUUCCUGAUAGCGAUAUGCAAGUCAAUAUCGAGGCGUAUUGAGGAACUUGCGACUCGGGAGGACUACUGGAGUGAGGAGGUGCAGAAUGAGGUUCGCGAGCUGGUGAAGGAUGCCAUGGCUGGCUCUAAUAUUGAGGCUAUGGAGCGGGAGCUGCGGAGAAGGACUGAGUAA